GUGAUUCUGGCGUGAUCCAUCCGAGGCGGUGUGACCUAGAGAUACAUUUUUAAACAGAUAUUUGUAAUUUUGUGGUUUGUAAAACCAAUUUUUACUUUACAUUUUAAUGUUUGUUCCUUUUUAUCAAGCAUCACUUGAAGAAUCAUUUAAAUUAUCUGAAUUACAUUUAAAUUAUCGACACAAGAGACGAUUUUAAUGUUUUAAUUAUAUAUAUUUUUUAUAUUUGUGAAUUAAAAUAAUGCAGGUAGUGACCACUUUUGAUCGCGCCCUGGCUUUGCAUAUGAAAUAGGCGCGUCUUCUCAGAGCACGUGUAGCGUUCUGUACAGAGGGCGUGCGGUCGCUAUGACAACCAAAGUUUCACUCCUUGGCUUUUGGGCAACAGAACAGAGUCUAACUUAAACGUUUACCUCAUCUUUUGGGAAGAAAAGGAGUUUAAACCUGCGAGUACAUUUGAUAAUGCACAGGAAUUUAAAUCUAGACGACAUUAUACCCAAGAUACCAUCUCUUGACUGGGACUUAUCUUCAUCAGCUCAAGAGGAGAUAUCUGUCCUUAAACAACCACAAGUCCUUGUUUUGCCAGAAGACACUGGGCUAGAUCUGGAGUGUGUUUCAGUCAUGGAGCCUAAAAUCAAGCCUCUCAUUAACUGGGACCUCAAAGACAAUGUAAAAAAGGAGCGUGAAAAUACUGUAAUGGACCAGCUUGUUGCUUUUUGUGAGAGGCAGGCAGAUGAAAUGGAGAGAAAGACGGAUAUUUCAUCUAUGAUAACACACAAUACAGAACGACUAUUGCUCAGGGAACAGAUAACGGAUUUCAAAUGGACUUCAACACAAUUACAACUCAAAGACACUCCAACUAUAUAUAUAGAUUUGCGCAACGACCAAUUUCAAACAAAGCGAGCACCGUUGAGUCAUAGUAACGUUCUUAUAGAUCCCGGAUGUCUGGAAAAGCAAAUAAGAUCCACCAAAAUGAUAAGUCAAACAAAUGCAAGAGAAGAUGAAAUGGAGAGUGAACUCACUGGCAAGAGUUUCUUACUCCAAGAAAUCAGACAGUCCAAGCUAAGUUUGUCAAGGUUAUCUGGGAGCAAGAAAAAUCUAAAUUUUGCUAAGCCUCAGAAAAACAGCUCAGGGGUAAAGAAAGAGCACCUCAGUAAUUCAGAAAUAAACUGCGGUGAGCCUGCUUGUAUUCGGCAGGCCAGCAUUUGCCAUGAAACGCAGCACAAUGCAUCCUCUCACACACCAACUGAUGUUCAGGCCGAAAACAAACAAAGCAGUGGCCAAGCACAAAGAGAACAACACAAUGAUGAAGUCAGACGGCAGAAGGAUCUGAAGUUCUUGCAAGAAUUUAAACCACAAAGUUCUGCAAAUGAGAAAAGUGAUAUUCUUUAUGACCCUGAAGCAUCCUACCUUCCUUCGGUGAACACAUUACCUCCAGAUCUAAAGAUAAGAGAGUGUUUGUUGCUCACUGUGUCUUUGUCCAUUCCUGGGGUUGUGACUGGAAAAGCACAGAAGAAAGCACAGACAGUGGAUGCAGUCUCACUAAAUUCACAUGUUUACAACACACUCGUAGCUUGGUUCUUGUCUUUGACUGAACCCAACACCUGUAAUGGGAAAAAUAUGAUGAUUGAUUCCCCUUUCUGGGUGGCCGGGCUGCAGCAGUUUUAUAUAAAUGAUGGCCUGGCCUUAUAUAUCUGUGCUGUAUCGCGGGAGGAUGGUGGACCUGUCCGUAAAAGAUUGAGGGGAAGGGAUGUGGAAAAGAAACAGAGUUUAUUUCACAGACGAGUCUGCAAGUUCUUGUCUCAGACGUCAUUGAAUACUGUUGCAUUCUGGGUACCUGAGCUCAAUCGUGUGCUAGAGAAACAGGCUUACCCUGCGCAGGUCCUCUUGCCUUCAUCGUACCUGGACUGUUUCAUCUCUGUCAAUCCAAAUCGAGAGGCUGUUGAAAAGGCCUUUGGUAUGACUCCAGGAUUCUUUUGGCAAACUGUGGAGAUAGAAGACCAAAAAUGUCAAAGAGCAGAAGCCACACGUUCCCAAGAGUCUCAUACUGAGACUGCAGUUGCUCUGAUAUACAGCGCAUUGCAUCUUAACCCCCUAGCAAUGCAUCACACACUUAUGUACAGUUCAGGCCUAGACAUAUGUGGUCUCCGUUUCCUUUACCCGACUCGAAAGCUACUGACAAACUUUGCAGUCGGAAUGUUAAAUAUGCAUGAAGGAGAUCGCCCUCAUAUGCCAGUCCUUGCACUGAGUCUUCGGGGUCCUCACGCUAAAUCACAGUGGCGGGAGAUCGCAGGGCCAGCAGACCCCAAGCUGGCAAGGAAGACAGACCCGGCAUCCAUCAACGCCUUGUACUGUCACAGUCGAGACCAGCCUCUGCUCUACUCACCUCAACUACUCAGUCUUGUGCAUCUGGGCCUCUGUCUUUGGUUUGGUGGUAGGAUAGCAAACAACAACCUGGCAGGGUCUGAUCAGAUUCAGGAUGCUGGUAACAGAGGAGACACACGUUCACAUGUUCUGAUGUCUUCUCCGGCAACUUUAUGUACUACUAUGAAAGCGGAUAUAUUUCUCCUCGCAUCUCCAGUAGUUGGACCACACUGCUACAGCUAUGUACUCGCCGCAUGUGCCAAGAGAGGCUUCAGUCUGUUGGGACUUCAAAAGGUGCAGAUCUCCAGCAAACAAGCUCGGUCUAUAGGUCUCACAGCAAAGCAGGUUGCAGUGUUCUGUCACGCUCCCACAGUGUUUCUGGAUGGAGAACAGGUUGAGCUGUCCUCUCAAUGCCUGGUGAUGCUGAUGAGGAGAGAAAGUGCAGUUCGGCACUCUUCUGGACUGCCUGCAGGUUUGAUGAACGAACUUGCUGCUCAAGGGUUUAUUGGAUCGAUCCAUGCAAGACUUAUGGAUGAUGUUAUUGUGGCUCCACAUCUUUGCUUUCACACGGUGCCCUACUCGAAAAAAAUCUUCAAUGUGUUGGGUGGGCACAUGUGGACGGCACCAGAUUUUAGCCACGUGGUCUUGUCCAAACACAAGUAUCUGUCUUAUCCAGACACAGAGCAGGUCGUGUUUCUGACAUUGAUGGGUCAAAACAUAUUAGAGAAAGAGAUUGACCUGCUACAUAAAACAGGAAAAGAAGGUUUCGAGUUGUUGGCAUUGAAGUGGCUGCCCAGUCUUUCUCAGCAGCAGGCACAAGAAUUGAGUCCGUUUGAGAUCGGGGUCAGAGAAUGGCAGAGUAGUGUGCUGAGGUUGAUGUCCACCCCUGCCCUGGUCAUUGCUCUGAGGAGGAUAAGGGCAUUCAUCACCUUACGCAGACUCUUGCCCCCAAAUUAUCCAGGAGACCUGAGUAUACUGAUGUCUCCCACUCCCGAGACGGCUUUUAGACAGAUCUGUCUCUUUUUCUCGGAGACAGAAUUGGUUCCAGAUCACAGCAGUCGUCCAUCAUUGAAAUUCCUACCACCCGUUCACACUCUUGAUCUCAGAAGUCAGUCGCUUUACACUUACAUGACUGUUGGCCCAGAGCCUCUUUUAACGUUGGCUCUGUUCAAACCUGGAGUUUGGAGACGUUGCUUUGGUCAAAUCCUGAGCAUGAUCAAACACGACGGCUUUGCCGUAGUGGGCCUACGCGUGCUUCAGCUGAACUUGGACAUGGCGAAUGCACUGAUAGAUCCACCAGAACAGGAUCACACUGAAAGGAAGCUGGAGUUGAAGUACUUGAUGUCCGGCCCAUCGCUGGCUCUGUGUUUAAUGAAAGUGAAUGCAGUAAUGGGGCUACUGGAGAUGACUGGUCCUGAGGAUCCAGCUGAAGCUCGUAUUAUAGAUCAGAAUCUAUGGAGAGCCCGCUACGGCUCCAACCGAAUACAUAACGGCAUCUACGGAUCACGCUCAUAUAAAAAGGCAAUCAAGGACAUCAAACUGGUAUUUCCAGAGGGUGUGUGCAGCCCGGAAAGUUCGGUUAUGAGACUCGAGCAGAUACAAUGUCUGCGAUCAGAUCCUCGGGCUAGUUUUGAACGUGAACAGUCACACACUCUUAGAUCUGCUGUAAAGGAUCAAUUUUCACAGUCUUUGAUCGCAUCAGGAUUCUGUCAAGGGCGUUUAGUCUGCAGUGCUCUCUGCCAGACCACCUGCUUGCUGAUGCCUUUCGACCUCCUGGGGCAGAAUCAGCCUCCCCUUUACUCAGAGUUACUCCAUAGGAUGCUUUGGGCAGACUGCCACCUGGUGGCCGGAAGGCUUUGCACACUAGACAAAAAGCAAAGAAGCCAUAUAUUUGAGCUUUUGGGGUCCUCUGCUGGUGGAGCAUGCCAUGAAUCGCGUUUAUCUGAGGGUCCCUGCCUUAUCAUUGCAUUACAAGGAGACAAUGUUGUCACCUGCUUCGAUGUUAUUCUUGAGAGUGUUUGUAUGGAAAGACCUGACUUUGAAAGCGUUAGGAUGAAAUUUCUUUAUCCGAACUCUGAACGUGGGGCUGAAAAAUUGCUUUGUUACCUGUUUGAUGUUCUCAGUUGUGACAGUCAUCACAGCAUAGUACCGAAGUAAUCAGUAAACCCAUCACAGAUAUAUCGUGGAGCAACCGUCUCUACAAUGAUGAGAAGAUUGAGAAGCAGGUUCACUACUCUAACCAUUAUAAGAAACAACUGGAAGAUAAUACAAUAGAUAAAUGGUAUAAUGUUUCUCGGGACACUAUUCAAGUUAUAUGAAUCUAUUGUGAGAAGGUUUCCAGUUGAAUUAAAAGCAAACAGUCAUCUAACACCUUAUAAAUUAAACAGCUAUAAGCUUUUA